AAUGAUUCCAUUUUGUUCCCCACGAAAACGAAAGCUCCCUCUCGAGUCCCCCAUCCUCUCUCUUUAAACGCACCGUUUCGUUCCCAAACCAAAGUUUACAGAGAAAGGCCUUCUUCUUCUUCAUCUUCUUCUCCGAUGGCUGAACUCUCGAAUCUCUCCUCGAGCCCCAGUGAAGAAAGCGACAAGAACGUGCUGCAGAAACACGUGGCGUUCUUCGAUAGGAACCAUGACGGCGUCGUUUAUCCAUGGGAAACCUUCAAAGGCUUCCGAGCGAUCGGGGCGGGUUUGUUUCUGUCCUCCGUCGGUGCUUUUUUUGUUAACAUCGGACUCAGCUCCAAAACCCGACCCGGGAAAUGUCCCAACUUUUUAUUCCCAAUUGUGAUAAAGAACAUUCACCUUGCCAAACAUGGAAGUGAUUCUGGUGUAUAUGAUUCCGAAGGAAGGUUUGUUGCAUUAAAAUUUGAAGAAAUUUUCAAAAAGCAUGCCCUAACGUAUCCGGAUGCCUUAACCGAAAAAGAGGUUAAAGCAAUGCUGAAAGCAAAUAGAGAGCCGAAGGACUAUAAGGGAUGGAUUGGUGCAUGGGCAGAGUGGACAGGUCUAUACAUCCUUUGCAAAGAUGAGAAUGGAUUGCUUACAAAGCAAACGGUGAAGGGUGUUUACGAUGGAAGCUUAUUCGAACAUAUGGAGAAACACAGAGUAUCAAAGAAGAAGAAAUGAUAACAAAUCUUAUGCUAAGUUGUUGUUGGAUUUGAUUUGGUGUGAAAUUCAGAACAACCAUAAUAAACUUGUUUUUGUGAGUUUGUGUUUUUUUCCA